GCUCCAAAAGCAAAAAGCUUUCAUUCUCAUUUCUCCCUCAAAUCUCACUCAUUUUUCUUUUAAUUUUUAUUUUUAUUUCUCUCAACAAAUAAAAAUAAACCCAAAAAUGGGAAAAAAAUCGUUGUCUUCUUCAUCGCAAUCGUGGUGGUGGAGAGGGUGGAGAUAUCUUCACCCGCAGCAUAACCUGAGGAGGCCGCUGCUGUUGGCACUCUUCAUUAUCUCCUUCGUUGCUCUCACAUUUCUGCUCUCUGGCCUCGAAUCUCUCAGUGUAGAGCACCAGUUAGUGGUUUCGAGGUUGAAUAAGGAACUAAUAACUUUGAAGAAUCAGCUAGAGAAUGUGAAGAAGCAUAUACGAAGUUGGAGCAUUGUUGAGGAGGAGGAUGAUCCUCUCAAUGUUGAACGAAGAAGAGCAGUUAAAGAGGCUAUGAUUCAUGCCUGGGCUUGUUACGAGAUGUACGCAUGGGGUCAUGAUGAACUCCAGCCACAAACAAGAGAUGGUGUUGAUAGUUUUGGCGGUCUAGGAGCAACUCUAGUGGAUUCUCUUGAUACAUUGUACAUAAUGGGUCUUGACGAGCAAUUCCAAAGAGCUAGAGAGUGGGUUGCAAAUUCGUUGAAUUUCAACAAGAAUUACGAGGCUAGUGUCUUUGAGACAACCAUAAGAGUUAUAGGUGGACUUCUUAGCGCAUAUGAUCUCUCUGAUGACAAAGUGUUCCUUGAAAAGGCUAGAGAUAUUGCAGAUAGGUUGCUCCCUGCGUGGAAUACACCCUCAGGAAUCCCUUAUAACAUAAUAAACUUGAGAUAUGGGGAUGCCCAUAACCCUCGGUGGACAGGGGGAAAAAGUAUUCUGGCAGAUGCUGGUUCAGAGCAGCUUGAAUUUAUUGCUCUAUCUCAGAGGACAAAGGAUCCCAAAUACCAGCAGAAGGUGGAAUAUGUCAUUGAAGAACUUCAUAAAACCUUCCCUGCUGAUGGAUUGCUUCCCAUAUAUAUUGAUCCUCACACUGGAAUUACCUCAUACUCAAAAAUUUCCUUUGGUGCCUUGGGUGAUAGCUUUUAUGAAUAUCUACUCAAGGCUUGGAUACAAGGGAACAAAACUGAAUCCGUAACGCAAUACAGAGAAAUGUGGGAGACAUCAAUGAGAGGUCUGAAAAGUUUGAUUCGGAGGACAACACCAUCCUCAUAUGCAUAUAUAUGUGAGAAGACUGGAAGCUCGCUGUCCGAUAAGAUGGAUGAAUUAGCUUGCUUUGCUCCUGGAAUGUUGGCUUUAGGAUCUACCGGCUAUGGCCCUGAUGAAGCUGAAAAGUUUUUAUCCCUUGCUGAAGAGCUUGCAUGGACAUGUUAUAACUUUUACCAGACAACACCUACAAAAUUGGCUGGAGAGAACUAUUACUUCCCUGCUGGACAGGACAUGACCGUUGGAACAUCAUGGAGCAUUUUGAGGCCGGAGACGGUGGAGUCACUUUUUUACCUCUGGCGUUUAACUGGGAACAAAACUUACCAAGAAUGGGGUUGGAAUAUUUUCCAAGCAUUUGAAAAGAACUCUCGAGUAGAUACAGGAUAUAGUGGACUUAAAGAUGUGAGUUCAGGUGAGAAAGACAAUAUGAUGCAGAGCUUCUUCCUGGCAGAAACGCUGAAGUAUCUCUAUCUCCUCUUUUCACCUCCAUCGUUUAUCUCUUUGGAUGAAUGGGUUUUUAACACAGAAGCCCACCCUCUAAGGAUCGUGACUCGACCUGCUAAUGGAGAGACUUAUAGUACAAUUGGACAAGGUAGAUUACAAGAAAGGUUCCAUGGUAGGAAAGGUCGGUCAGGAUCUAAUUAGUUCCCAUACUUGAUAAACUUCAAGUCCAUAGGUCCCCAUUUUCAACCAGAUUUGAAGGCAGUCAAGCAAUUCAGUUAUGUGGGGGUGAUGGUGAAUGGCUUUGCCGGAAACAGAUGGACUGUUCUUCAGCUCCUACUUGGUGUGUAACUAUAGACUCUAGAAUAUUAGAACGGGUUCAAUCCUCUGUAUUUCUGUUCUGAUGAUGUGCUUAUGGCCAAAAUCCAUGAUUUUGUUUCAGCCCUUCAUUCUCUUUUCAAUAUAAAUCCUAAACCCUAUAAACCUCAAACCCUUCGAUUAAGAGAUUUCGUUUCGGCCAUAAGCAUUGUAUCAUCACAGAAAAUUUGAGUAGAUUAUCCUAUUUCUGUUAGAGUAUUAUAGCAGCAUUGUUGUAGUUGCAGAGGUUUACAUCUUAGGAUCAGAAACAUUAAGGAUGCCAUGUAAUAAACAUUCGGAUGAUUCAAUACCAUAUAUAACACGUAUUCUGUGA